UCGUUUCAAAAGCUGUAUCAGUGGACACGCGCACUUGCACAGAAUUCAGUUGCGUCUAGCAUAUGAAGAGACUCAUCACACCACAAGCAUCAGAAGAAUUAAUCUGGAAAAACCGCACGUUUGCUCAAUAAUGCUACGCUCUCACUUGUGAAACUUCAACGGACACGCAUGAGGAUCAGAGCGAUUUCUGGCUUUGAGUCUGCGAAGGAACUAUGAUGCUCAACUUAUUAUUUAAGAGCGCAUGUAAAAAGUGAACUAUCCAUCCGCAUUCUACUUCAUUCGGGACGCCCUUCAUCCAGCAUGCUCACUGUGACAGUAGUGUUUCUUCUCGUGGGUGAUGUCUUGUCUGCACAGAAUUUCUGUUCUUCAGGGGCGUUCACCACCAGUGGAGAGUGCUGCAAACAAUGUCAACCCGGGGAAGGCAUGACGAAGCCCUGCGGGGCGACACAGACAGUGUGUGAACCGUGUCUUGACAGUGAGACGUUCUCAGAGAACUUCAGCCACACGGAGCGGUGCCAGCCGUGUACGCCAUGUUCUGAACUCACACGCAUGCUGACACCCUGCACUGAUGCCAACGACGCGGUGUGUGUCUGUAACUAUGGGUUCUUCUUCAGCAAAUUGACGGGCCGCUGUGAGGCCUGCACGGUGUGUCCUUUUGGCCAGGGUGUGCUGAUGCGCUGUAUGUUUGAUCGUGACACGGUAUGUGAGGAGUGCUUGGAUGACACAUAUUCGGAUCAGGAGACCUCUUUUGACCCCUGCAUGCCCUGCACCGUCUGCGAUCAGCCUGAGAUGGAGUUGAAAAGCUGCACGUCUGUCAGUGAUGCUGUCUGCCAAGAUGUAGAUCCGCCUAACAGCUCAACCUUUCCUUCUCCUUCUCCAUACACUGCAUCUUCUCCUCCGCCUUUUUCUUCCCCCUCUUAUUCUUCUUCUCGUGCUCCAUCAGAUGUCUUAUAUACAGUCAAGUCUCCUCCUGACAGUCCUACGGAGAGCGUGACCACAGCUGACCCUGGGCUGAAGAGACUCCAUGGGCUGAGUGGCAACCUCAUUCCCAUCUACACCUCCAUACUGGCUGCAGUGCUGUUGUGCCUGGUGGCCUUCAUCAUCUUUAAACGGUGGAACAGUUGUAAGCAAAACAAGCAAGGAGCCAAUAACAGAGCGUGCAGUGCAAACCCCAGUCAGACCCCUUCUCCUGAGGGAGAGAAACUCCACAGUGACAGUGGCAUCUCGGUGGACAGUCAGAGCUUACAGGAGGGCCAGGGGCCUCCACAUACAGUGGUGAAGAUAGAUGGAGCUUCGACCCUUUCCUUGCCCUUACACACACGGGAGGAGGUUGAGAAACUGCUAAAUCGUACCGGUGAGGGGGAGGAGUCAGGAGCCAAUGAGGAAACCGACUGGUGCAGCCUGGCAGGUCUACUUGGAUACAAAGAAGAACACAUCGAUAAUUUCAAGCAGGAAGAAAGGCCCAUCCAGGCCCUUCUGUCUCAUUGGGCGAGCCAGGAUUCGGCUAAUAUUGAUACGCUAUGCACAGCACUGAAGAAGAUCAAUAGGGAUGAUAUCGCGCAGAGCAUCACAGUGAAACCGACUGCUACAUCUACCGUAUGAGAAAACAUGAGCUUGCUAACACACACAUGCUCCCAAGCGCUCAAAUACACACCUUACAUUGCCUUCAGCAUACUUCGAUGUUGAUCUAUCACCUGUGAAGUUGAUGUAUCACUAUAUCCUUAACUUUAGGCUGUAAACCCGUGUCGUUUCCCUUUACCCUUGAUUAUGGCCAAACUGUGUGCAAAGGAAGGCACAAUUUAGUAAAUAUUUUUUGCAUGUUCCUUUAAUUUGAGGAAAGCCAUAUGAACUCGAACAUGAAUAUUCUUGCCUUUCUUUAAGAAGUUUAUUAUAAAUGACUCAUCAAAUUCAUUUUUUGUUUAACACAUUUCAUCUACAACUAGACAAACUGCACACAGCAUCCAUCUUUAGUAUAAAUAUAAGUAAAAAAAAAAGUUAGUUCGUUCUUAUUUUUUAAUCCGUUUAUCUGUCUCUGUACGGGAAACUCUAUGUAACAUCUAUAAUGCAUAUAUUAAUGAUAUGUCAGAUGUGGCCAGUUCAGUCAUUGAUGCAUUGAGCCAUAACCACAAACCAUAUCCACUGAUUAUAUCCUGUCAGAUUCUGACCCCUGAUGUACACAGUAGAUGUUGUGCUCCUGUGAUUUAAAUACAACCAGACACAGUAUGAGAAGAGCUAGUCAUAGAAAAAUUAGCAAGAGAAGUCACAACGCUAGGAAACUAGGAACAUUGAGGAUUUUUUCCUGCCAUGUCAGAUAAAGAUGCUAGAUUGAUGAUUUUUUUUUGCAGAGAAAUGCAAUGGUGAAAAAGAUACACUGGAGAAGGGUUAAAAAAAUUGCUAAACUUAAAAAGAAUACUCCAAUUUGUUACAGCUAAACCGAUUUAUUUGGUUACAAUUAUUUCUUCGUUUUAAACUUAAAAUUCUUAACAAUUAAAAUGGUUUCUUCCCAAAUGCAAAAACAUUCUAACUGUUAUUUCUAUCAUACCGUUCUUAAUAAAUUCAUAUUUGUUACCUUUUUACAACAUAUCUCCUUCUGUAAUUAAAACGGCGCGGUUUAUUUGCCAAUGGGUGAUUGUUUAUUGGCCCACGUUAAAAGAGCCAAAGCCAAAAUCUUUCUGCCACUGUAGUCUUGUGGCUUGUCCAAAGUUUGAAAAAAAUAAGAGCAAAAAUUGUAAUUGAUGUAUAGUUUUCUCACAAGUUUGUUCAAACCCCUCAAUCUAGGGCAAUGGUAUUAGCAAAGGCGGAGACAACGCGAAUGUGUUUCUUUAUCAGUGUUUGUUCUGUCAGCAUCUGUGCAGGUGAACAUUCUAGAUGGAAUUAAUAAGCAGAAGGUUUUGUCAUCCUGGUGGUCCGGCUGAAAGAUGAUAGCAGUUUCCUUUUUUGUUUUUUUCACUUUUUCCUUUAUUACAGCAGUAACGUGACACCGGUCACUACCUGGCUCAGGUCAUCACCAUGACAAAAGCGCUUGGCCAUGCAGUCUGUGACCCAGAUAGAAAAAUGUUAAAGACAGAAGACUCAUAAACACAGACCAAAGAAACAAGCUUCCCCGUAAAAUUAACCGGUGACUGAUACGAGCGUUUAAGGUGAUUAAAAGCAACUCUUUUGAAGGCGCGAUACGGGGUUCCCACAGUCAUGGAAAACCUGGAUAUUUCAAGGAGUUUUAGGGAUGAUUGGAUUGAUCAAAACGUGGGAACACUGAAGGACUUGAAAUCUUUUCUGCUGAUUGUAAUGUUACACUUUAAGAUUCAGAAGCAUGUUAAUGGAUAUAGUACCAAAAUCUGAUCAUAUGUAACAAUUUGUGAUAUAAAUUGAUAUAUUUGGGUCAAAUACUGACAUCGGUGCAUAAUACAGUUGUCUUUAGAAAUCAGAAAUCUCCAGGGCUUUAUAAUGUCUCAGGGUUUGUGUGGAGAUUUGCCCAUCAAAGUUAUAUCAGUGGCCUUAUAAUGGAGUGUUACAAUGGAGGUCGCAGGAAGCACUAGCUGUUUUUCUGAACUUCAACACAGACUUUUGGACUCACAAGUUUGAGGAUGGGAUGAUGCAGAAGAUAUAAGGCAACAUUAAAAUUCUCCUGCUGCAUGAUUGUCAGUAUUCAUAGAUUCUUGUGACGUUCGUUCAGUUCAAAAAAGUGAUGCAGCAGCGUGCAUUAUUAAUAUAUUUGAAUAUUACAGUCAGCCUACUGAAGAAAGACCGUUUUAAACUUUAUGGCCAUACAUUUUUCAGAAAAAAAAUGCAAACGCGGUGUAAUUUGUAUCUUAAAAUGAAGGCAUUCUGCAUUUCUGGAUGUGGUUUUUGUUAAUGUAUUUUUUUCUACAAGAUUAGAGUGUAGCACUUACAAAGUAUAAUAUACAUUUUGUAUAACAAAUACCUGAGAUUAAUAUCAGGUCUGUGUUGUUUUUUUCUGUUUAAUAUGUACAUAAUUUUCCUGUGUUUGUGUUAACUGGUUUAAUAAUAUUGUUUUAUUGUUUUGGAGGUCACUAUCAGACAAGCCUGCAACCACGAACCCAAUAAACUAAAAGAAAGUCACACAAUUUCCCACUGUUCUUUAACCUUUUUAGCAUUUUGCUCUUUUGUCUCGUAUGGAAUCCUUUUGAUUAUUUGACAAAUGAGCUGUUUUGUUUUUAAUUAAUUCGUAGACUAUUUUUGUAGUGUUACACACAAUAUCAGAGCUCACAUCUCUUAGAUGGAUGUACUAAUGUGGCACGUUGCUCUCUGACAAUCGCAUCUGUGCAGUUAUUGGACAUAGAGUUGCUCAGAAACCCCUAAUAGCCAGAGACUGAAUCUUGCACUUGGUAUAUGAGCUUCGAGAUGAGUAUGAGGAGCAUGAAAUGGUGUGCAGAUAUUUUGUUGGGUUUAUUUGGGCACAGGUUCUGCAGGAAGAAACAAUGCUGAAUGUUACAUGUAUUUACUGUUAUGUACACUGUAUCAUAUAAAUGUGAAUUUACUAGAAUUCAUAAAGUAGGCUUAAUGCAGUUACUAUUACAAAUAAGAAAUAAACUAAAUAAGAUUGCAAAUUGA